AUGUCUUCUUCAAGAAUAGAAACUUUAUCCAUAUUAUUGUUGUUGUCUGUAGUUUGUACAUUGGCAACAACUGGAGAUGAUGCACCAACAAAUUACUGGAGACUCAAUCAAUGCAAGGAUGUAAAACAGACUGAGGAGGACACAUGCAACAACAAGUACACAAUAAGUGAAUUGAAUGGAGAUGUAUCAUUCUCACCAAAUGCUGUUCGAUUCAAAGAUGGAUUCAAUGAGAGUAUAGUAGACUCUGCACACAAGGACAAUGUAUUGGUUAAAGGAGUUUUGGCAACUAGAAUGAUGGUACGUGGUGCGCCAGUGGUGGACAUGCAAGUCAACAUAGUCUACAGAUUACUUCCAAUGUUUAUCCCAUUUGGCAGCAAUGUAGUACCGGAAGUGGAUACCAAGAAUCCAGUUUAUAUGAUUGAUUCAUCAUCAGUAGCCAACUGCCAAGAUAUACUACAAUGCUCAACAUUACGUCUGGACAUGGUCAACACAGAUCAACAUGUAAUGGCCAGUAGUCUAUCACAUCCUUAUAGUUCAGUUCCAGGCUUUGAUCAUAAGUGGCUAAAUGACCUUUUGACCAAGAGAUCAAGUUAUGCAUUGAUCAGUGGACGAUUGAAUGGAAAGAAGUUCAUGGCCACGGGUAUCUAUGUCAAUGUGGAGGAUCGUGAGAUUGGUUGUCCAGAGGUGUUGCCAAAGAAGUGUGACAAUCCCAAAGAGACCAAUGCAUUCAUUCGCAACACAAACAGAUGUGUCGUGCCCAAUGGAUGUACACCAGUACAUCGACAACUCUGUCCAGGCAUUGUCCUCAAGUGCUCCAAUGGAUACAGAUUACAAGCAUUCACAACAGCUCCACAUGGUUGUAACAGUUUCUAUUGUGAUGCAUCAUUCCUUCAAGUA